ACUCUGCAGAUGCGCUUCUUCUCGUUCGGCACGAAUUUUUGGGUAAAUUUACACUUAUUUAGUCCACAAGAGUGAUCCAAAAAACUGAUAAAUUAACUAUGUGUGAUGAGGAACCCAAUAGUACUCCACAAUAUGCCGAAGUCCAGUCAGAGCAGGUUGUGAUAAAAUGUGAAAAGGUUCCCACCAAAAAGUUUAAGACUGUGGUGCAAAAGCCACCACCGAGCUUGAGCCCACAUGAGUUGCGAAUCCGGCGGCAAAGGUUCAUUCUGAAAUGGAGCGCAGAAUUUCCCUGGUUAAGGCCAAGUCCAAAUGAUGAUUCUGUGGGCUAUUGCAGCACAUGUCGCCGGGACCUAGUGUGCAAAAAGACCCAUUUGGAAAGACAUCAGAAGACUUUUAAACACAUGCGGCUGCAGGGAUUUGAAAAUGUUUACACAAUUAACGAACCAGAGGCGGACUUAAUUGAAGCGCAUACCUCUGGUUAUUUGGACAAUGAAUAUGAGGAUGAAAUGCUAUUAGAUGACGAAAGCUUUGGAUAUACGACUAUAAAGGUGGAACCUGUAAAAGUUAGCCCUACUCAUGAUAUUAUGCCCACAAAAUUGAAAAAACCUGCGGUAAAGCGUCAGAAGAUUGAAAAUGAAAAGUCCACGCCGAUUUCAUAUUCCACAACCCACCAAAAGGUUGAACGUGAUUCAAGUUUUACAAGUACUCCUCGUUCGGCGGAUAGAUCCAUGAAUGAUUUCUAUUAUAUGCCACGACAACCACCAAAAGACAGUUUUGAUUUGUUCUUCGAAUCUGCUGCUGCUUCCGUGAAAAGCCUACCACCAAAAUUGGCAGCAGAACUAAAGAGCCGUGUUUCACAGCUUCUAAGUGAAUUUGAGUUGAGGGCAAUCUGCGAGAAGGAAGCUCAAGAGAAGGCCGCUGCUGCUGGUCCACAACAACAUGUGACUACCAUAUCCACCCCGGUUGCUGUUACUGUAGAUCCAUCGUUAUGUACAAGUUCAAGUACAGAGCCGACUAGAGUGACACAAGUUGAUGGCCAGCAGCCUAUAGCACACUAUGUUUACUCAUAUCAAGCAAAAUGAGUUUAUUUCAUACUAUCACAAUCGGAUAUUUUAAUUCCCCUUUUGACUUUUCGUAAAUCUUUAGUUAAGUCUAAAAUUGAUUAUUUAGUUGUAAUUUCCAAACCUUCUGUCUAUAUAAACAAAAGUAUUUGUUUAAUAUAUUUUAUAUUAUUGAUAUUCUA